AUGGCUCAGAAUAAUCUCAGCUCGGUGACCGAGUUUGUACUGGUGGGCUUUACUGCUCACCCAGACCUGAAGAUUCCCCUCCUGCUGUUGUUUCUCAUUUUCUAUCUCACCACCCUUCUGGGAAACAUGGGGAUGGUUCUUCUCAUCCAAGUGGAUGUCCAGCUCCAUACCCCAAUGUACUUCUUCCUGAGCCACCUUGCCCUGCUGGAUGUCUGCUAUGCUUCGGUCAUCAGCCCCCAGAUCCUGGCCACACUGGCCACAAGCAACACAGUCAUUUCCUAUACCCAGUGUGCUGCCCAGUUCUUCUUCUUCACCAUUUGUGCAGGUUCAGAGUGCUUCCUGCUGGCCGUGAUGGCCUAUGACCGCUACGUAGCUAUUAGCAACCCACUGCUCUACACUGUGGCCAUGAAGCCCAGAGUCUGCUGGAGUCUGGUGCUGGGAGCCUAUGCCUGUGGGGUGUCGGGAUCUAUCCUGCGUACCGCAUGUACCUUCUCCCUCUCCUUCUGUGAGGACAAUCAGAUCAACUUCUUUUUCUGUGACCUCCCACCCCUGCUGAAGCUCGCUUGCAGUGACACAACAAACGCCGAGAUCACCAUCGUUGUCUUUGGCAACAUUGUGAUUGUGGCCAAUGCCGUGGUCAUCCUGGUCUCCUACCUGCUCAUCAUCAAGGCCAUUUUGAAGGUGAAGUCUCCAGGAGGCAGGGCCAAGACCUUCUGCACAUGUGCCUCCCACCUCACCGCCGUGGCCCUUUUCUUCGGGACCCUCAUCUUCAUGUACAUGUGGAGCGGCUCAGGCCAGUCCCCAGAGGAAGACAAGGUGGUGUCCGUCUUCUACACCGUGAUCAUUCCCAUGCUGAACCCUCUCAUCUACAGCCUGAGAAACCAGGACGUGAAGGCUGCCUUCAAGAAGGUCACUGGUGGAUUCCAGGUGUCCAGGACAUGCAGGCCUGAGGGAUAA